CACGAGAGACUCGCUCGUCUCGCACUCCCCCGUCCCGCACCACCUCCGCGCCUCCCACACCAUUCGCCUAUGGCGUCGGCGGCGAUGCUCCGGUCUGCUGCCCGCUCGCUCCGGCUCCGGCUCCGGCAGCCCCUGGAGCAGCAGCGGUGUCUUCAGGCAAGGCAAAUCCUCAGCAGCUCCGCACCUACCGAGGCACUAGGCCUCCAAAGGAGUUCUACACAUGCCAGAAGCUACAGCAGUCAACUUUCUGCUACUUCCCAAUGCUCAAAUCUGACAAGAAAAAGCUGUUACUUACCUAAUCCCUAUCUAUACCAAGUCUGGAGUAGGUCAUUUGCUUCAGACAACGGAGACAAGUUUGAGGCUGUUGUGCCCUUCAUGGGUGAAUCUGUAACUGAUGGAACUCUUGCUAACUUCCUGAAGAAACCUGGAGACAGAGUCGAGGCCGAUGAACCCAUAGCACAGAUUGAAACUGAUAAGGUCACUAUAGAUGUUGCAAGUCCUGAGGCUGGUGUUAUUGAAAAGCUCAUUGCUAGUGAAGGCGACACAGUUACUCCCGGCACUAAAGUUGCAAUCAUAUCCAAGUCUGCUCAACCUGCUGAAACACAUGUUGCUCCAUCUGAGGAAGCAACUCCAAAAGAAUCAUCAACGCCUAAAGUUGAAGAGAAACCAAAGGUAGAGGAAAAAGCCCCAAAAGUUGAACCUCCCAAGAUGCAAGCACCAAAGCCAACUGCACCAUCAAAAAUGUCCCCUUCAGAACCACAGCUCCCUCCAAAAGAACGAGAGCGAAGGGUGCCGAUGCCAAGGCUCAGAAAGCGUAUUGCAAACCGGCUUAAGGAUUCUCAGAACACCUUUGCAAUGCUGACUACAUUUAAUGAAGUUGACAUGACCAAUUUGAUGAAACUUCGUUCUGAUUAUAAAGAUGAAUUUGUCACAAAGCAUGGUGUCAAAUUGGGCCUAAUGUCUUGCUUUGUCAAGGCUGCUGUUUCGGCACUUCAAAACCAACCGAUUGUCAAUGCUGUCAUUGAUGGUGACGAUAUCAUAUACAGAGACUAUGUGGACGUCAGUGUUGCUGUUGGCACAUCCAAGGGCCUUGUGGUUCCUGUUAUCCGGGAUGCUGAUACCAUGAACUUUGCUGACAUUGAGAAAGGGAUAAACAACCUUGCAAAGAAGGCAACUGAGGGGGCACUCUCAAUUGAUGACAUGGCAGGAGGAACAUUUACCAUCUCCAAUGGUGGUGUCUAUGGAAGCCUCAUCAGCACACCUAUCAUCAACCCCCCACAGUCGGCAAUUCUGGGGAUGCAUUCCAUUGUGCAACGCCCUGUGGUUGUGAAUGGUGACAUCCUCGCGAGGCCAAUGAUGUACCUCGCGCUGACAUACGACCACAGGCUGAUUGACGGCAGAGAGGCUGUCUUCUUCCUGCGGCGCAUCAAGGAUGUGGUCGAGGACCCCAGGAGGUUGCUGCUUGACAUAUAAAUUCACGCACAAGCGCUCCCCUGCCAGACUGUUUUUGUGCUUAUCUGGAAAUAAUACCAUGCAAAUUUUUGACUGAUGAAAAAGAAUUACUUCCUCAGGAAGACAAUCUGAGCUGAGGAUACCGUGAGUUUUUUCUCUAUAUAUAAUCGUAGAAGAGAGCAGCAAACUCAACUCAAUGUGAGGUCAUGUUUAAUUUUCGGGAUGUUCCAUUUCGGGAUGCAGUUCCCAGUCAUUUUUAUUUACCAUGCAAGAGCAAUAGAGGCUGCUGCAUUUUUGUUUGUUGGUUCACAAUUUCGCCUCCAGCUGGCCAGUCUGCAACUCAUGGAGUCUGGUUGUAUAACACGUGACGUUAAAACAGUGCUCCAAUCGCUCGCUUUGUUGAAUGGAAUUGUCUCGACGUUUGCUUUUUUUA